AGUAUCCAAUUUAUAAGAAAAACACAUCAAGAGAUUAUUAAGAAUAUGGAUUACUCGGAAAUUAAACUUGAAUCAUUUGAACACAAUCGCUGCUGGGAAUGUGGAGAAACAUUUAAAGAAUGGACAGAUUUGGUAAAUCACAGAGAGAAUUCGCACAUUCUUUACACUUGCAACACAUGUACGAAAGAAGAAAAAUCCGUGAUAGACUUUGAGUAUCAUCUUCAGAUCCAUGGUGGAAUCAGGCUCUUCAAAUGUAUCAUUUGCAAUGAAAAUUUUUCAUUCCUCUCUGAACUCAAUGAUCACCUUUCCAAACAUUUAUCUGAAGUAAGAGAUUUGGAGAAAAUUGAAUAUGUGGAAGCAUCGGAAAUACAUGAUGAACCCUGUUCCCAAGAUAUCGAUAUAAAAUCAGAAGACUCUGAUAAUGAGAGUAACAAAUUAGAUCAUUUUCCUGAGACAGAAGCUGAUCAGAAUAUAGAAGAGAUUAAAUAUUCAGAAUUAAUGGAAUUGGGUGAAGAACACAAAAACAAGAAGACAUAUAAUAAGUCAAAAAAGCCAAAACGAGAAAAACUUAAGAAAAAAGAACAGUCACGUUCUAAGUUAGAAAAAAAAUUCAAAUGUCCUCAUUGUCCUCAAACUGCAAUAUCACCCGCUAAUCUGAAGCAUCAUAUUCGGACUCAUACAGGUGAAAAGCCAUUUGAAUGUGCUGACUGUGGAAAAUGCUAUCUUCAGAAGUGUGCAUUGAGAAUUCACAUAACUAUGAAGCACGAUAGCAAUAAGAAAAGAACGGAAGCAUGUCAUCUAUGCGGGAAAACUUUCUAUUUUACACGUGUCCUAAAGAAUCAUAUUCGUGAAAUUCACACCAAUCGAGAAAGAUAUCCUUGUUCAAUUUGCGGCAAAACCUAUUCGUCCAAACACGCUGUUGACUCCCACAUAAAGAGUCACGUAGAAGAACCUAAAGAAUAUAAUUGUCCUAAGUGCGACAAGGUAUAUAAAACUUAUAUAGGGAUGAGGCAACAUAAUCGCCAAGUUCAUAUUUUUGGCAAGCAAUUCAAAUGUAAUUGGGAAUCCUGUGAAUUCAGUAGUUGCAACAAAGAAAGACUGAUUCUACAUAAAAGGACACAUACGGGCGAAAAGCCAUUCAAAUGCAAAUUAUGCGGUAAAUUUUUCUCUUCAAAAAGCAGUCUCAAAAGUCAUAUAGUUUAUCACGGUGCACCAAUGCAUCAGUGCGAUCUUUGUGAGAAAUCCUUCAAAACCCAACAAUGUCUCAAGGUUCAUAUACACAGAAUUCAUGCAGAAAGGAAAUUCAAUUGUCUGGUAUGCGAUAAAAAAUAUGCUUCCAAUUCAGAUGCAAUGAGACACAUGAGAGAUACCCAUUCCAUAGGAAAGAAAGACAAAAUCGACAAAGUCAACAAACAGGAGGAAGAAGGUUGUCUUCGAAUUAAUAAAAAAGUUUCUUGUUGAAUGUAAUUAUCUAAUAAAUAUUGUUAAAUCAAACAAAAUCAUUAAAUGCAUUAUUUACACUAGA